CAGGUAUUUUCUUUCUUAAAGCAGAUUUUAAAGUGAACAAAGAGAUUUUUGGCCAUAUAUUGCAUACUGGAACAGAUAAAAAUGUAGGUAGCUACGUAUAUGUACAUAUACAGCCACGCAUUUAUCUUUCACUAGUAUCGAAUGAAACAGCAUUCCACCAUUCCCCGUUAUUCCACAAUACAAUCAGCUAAGAAUGACCUACCUUGAUCCCCCAACAAUUCAAUGGAUUGUAGCCGUUGUCAAACAUUACUAUACUUCGCUACGUGAUAUAGAGUGUCAGAUAGACAUCGCCAAUGGGGAAAUCGCCCUUCUAAGAGGGCAGAUGUUUGAAAUUGAGGGUCAAAUUGAAGGCAAUAUUCCUAUUACCCAGGCACAAGUGGAGACAAUAAAGACAAUGGAAGAUUGGAUUAAUGAGGCUAAGCGAACCAUCCGAGCCAACCAAGCGUUCCAACUACGAUCAAACCGUGUCGGCAAUAUAGGUACCACUGAUGUUGUGUCUCCAUCAUUAUUGCCUUUGCCAAACGCAUACCUCCAGAAUAUCUCAUCGGGAGUGGAAAAUGGGUCGUCUCAAAGGUUUAUAGACACAAACCAGUUGGAUGGCGAACAGAAGGAUGGUCAUGAUUGCGAUAGCUGUUACCUAUGCAUGGAAGAAGCUAAGCAAGACUCUUUAAACUAGCCUCAGAG